CUUAACUGGUAUAAUUUGUUCUCUGUCGAGUAGGUAACUCCUGUUCACAAUUUAAAAAAUAAAUAAGAUUUUAUAUAUAUUAAGAAAUGUAAUAUACAAUGAUAUUAAAAAUAAUUACCCUAUUCGUUACACAGAAGGACGGUUAACCGAUGUAUUAAUGAUUUAUUUUAAUUUUUAUCUAAUUUAAGUAAUUUUUAUAAUUUCCUUCUAGUACUGUAGCAUAAUUAUUUCAAUUGAUACAUUCAAGUAGAUAUAUGUGGGUGUGUAUGUAAAUAUAUAUAUAUAUUUAUUUAAUUAUUUAUAUGUGUACAUGUGUGUUUUCUAAUUGUCUGCAUAUGAAUCUUUAUUUUCUAGGAAAAUUUCAAAGUACUGUUUUAUUACGUAAAGUGUUUGAAUGAGCUUUUAUUAAUAUUUCAAUGGAUUUUUUGACAACUGUGUUAAGCAUUUCCCUGCUCUCUUCUUUAUCCAUAUCACAGAUAAGCUAUGUAGAACUAGAGCAGUUUAAAUACUAUGAAAUAUUAUCAUUGAAAAUGAAAUUGUACGAAAACUUUAAAGCGGAAUCUUAUCGUGGGAAAACGACAAUUACUGUAAAAUUUCGGGCAUUCAACAAAAAUUUCGAGCUGAACCUGCGAGAAGACAAUUCAAUAACAUCUCCGAGCAGCAAAGUCUUCAUUGUUGGGCAAGAAAUUAUCAAAUUAUAUCUAAAGAAUGUCGCGGGGUCUUCCAUUUACGAAGGAAACGUUUCGGGAGCUGAGCAAUCUGUCGUAAACGGAUAUCUGCACCAAAACGGAUUUAUUGAAUACGGAAGCUUGAAUGGGAGUGCAUUUUGUAGUACUCCUCUACUAAAUAAUUCAGUAUCAACGAACUUAUUCGAUUAUAACAAGAUCUGGAGGUCAGACUUUUUCCAAAAAUCUGCAAUUAAUAAAGAGAAAAAAUUAAUUUGCAAUCUGGAAAUCAUGGCAGAUCAUACUUUUGUAAAUCAUUUUAGUGGCGAUCGGGCAUCCAUUAUUGCCGAAAUGUUGUAUUACGUGAAAGUGGCAGACAAAAUUUUUCGAAAUUUACAUUUGGAUAAGAGCAAUUUAUAUAAAAUAAUCGGCUUCAAUGUAGAGAAAAUCACAGUUAUAGAAGAUGCGUCGAAUCCUUACUAUCAUCUGAAUUUUAAUAACACUGAUGAGACAGAAUUUUUGUUCAUUUUGGGAAUGACUGCGAAACAAACUUCGUGUUUAUUUGUGAACUUUUCUCACAGAGAUUUUAAUGUAGUACUUGGAAAUACGUACUUAGGAGAAGUUUGUUCUGGAAGCACGGAAUAUUUUAGUCGAAACGUAAUCUCUGUAACUAAUUUUCUACGAAAUAUUACACUAUCAAAAGAUAUUGUCAGUUUAACAUUGGUUCAUGAAAUAGGCCAUACAUUCGGAAGUGAUCACGAUCCACCAAAUGACACUGUGUGUACACCCGGCAAAUUUAAUCAUACUAUAGGAAAUUACAUUAUGUACGAAGCUCUGGAAACGCCUGAAAUAUUGUACAAUCACUUGAAGUUCUCACCUUGUAGCGAAAGAAGUAUGUACGAUAAUCUAUUUGUAAAUAACAAAGGUAAUUAA